AGCCGGAGGAGAACGUCCGGGCUCGGAGCGGCGGCGGCGGCCAUCGAGACUCACCCGCGGCGCGUCCCCUUCGGCCUCGCUGCGCCUCCAGGCCGCGGCGCCCGCGCCCCUUCAGCUGUCUCGCUCGCGCUCCUUCCCUGCUGCCGGCUGCGCCAUGGCGUUGGCGUUGGCGGCGCUGGCGACGGUCGAGCCGGCCUGCGGCAGCCGGUACCAGCAGUUGCAGAAUGAGGAAGAGCCUGGGGAACCGGAACAGGUCACAGGUGAUGCUCCUCCACCAUACAGCAGCAUCUCUGCAGAGAGUGCAGCAUAUUUUGACUACAAAGAUGAGUCUGGGUUUCCAAAGCCUCCAUCGUACAAUGUGGCAACAACACUGCCCAGUUAUGAUGAAGCUGAGAGAACCAAGGCUGAAGCUACUAUCCCUUUGGUUCCUGGAAGAGAUGAGGAUUUUGUGGGUCGGGAUGAUUUUGAUGAUGCUGACCAGCUGAGGAUAGGAAACGAUGGGAUUUUCAUGUUAACUUUUUUCAUGGCAUUCCUCUUUAACUGGAUUGGGUUUUUCCUGUCUUUUUGCCUGACCACCUCAGCUGCAGGAAGGUAUGGGGCCAUUUCAGGAUUUGGUCUCUCUUUAAUUAAGUGGAUCCUGAUCGUCAGGUUUUCUACCUAUUUCCCUGGAUAUUUUGAUGGUCAGUACUGGCUCUGGUGGGUGUUUCUGGUUUUAGGCUUUCUCCUGUUUCUCAGAGGAUUUAUCAAUUAUGCAAAAGUUCGGAAGAUGCCAGAAACUUUCUCUAAUCUCCCCAGGACCAGAGUUCUCUUUAUUUAUUAAAGAUGUUUUCUGGCAAGGGCCUUCCUGCGUUUAUGAAUUCUCUCUCAAGAAGCAAGAGAACACCUGCAGGAAGUGAAUCAAGAUGCAGAACACAGAGGAAUAAUCACCUGCUUUAAAAAAAAUAAAGUACUGUUGAAAAAGAUCUUUUCUCUCUAUUUGUUCCUAGGUGUAAAAUUUUAAUAGUUAAUGCAGAAUUCUGUAAUCAUUGAAUCAUUAGUGGUUAAUGUUUGAAAAAGCUCUUGCAAUCAAGUCUGUGAUGUAUUAAUAAUGCCUUAUCUAUUGUUUGUAGUCAUUUUAAAUAGCAUGAGCCUUGUCCCUAUAGUCAGUAGGGGGCAAUCUUGCUUUAUUCAUCUUCCAUCUCAAAAAGAAUUUGGAGUUAAAUAUUUUAGUGUAAGAUAUGUAUAAUGCUGGCCAUUUUAAAGGGGUUUUCUCAAAAGUUAAAACUUUUGUUAUGACUGCAUUUCUGCACAUAAUCCAUAUUUGCUGUUAAAAUAAAUCUAGAAAUUUAUUCAUUUGUACUGUGAACACCUGAAAGCAAAAUCAUAGUGCAAAAUACAUUUAAAGUGUGGUCAGGAAUAUGUUCUUAAUUGGUAAAUAAUAAGCAUUAAUUUUUUAGUCUGUGUUCUAAAUUUUGCAGUACUUUAUUGUUCUGUAUUGUGUACCUAAGGGAUUCUAAAGGUGUUAUCACUGUAUAAAACAGAAAGAACAAAGACAAAUGCAGCUGAAUUACUAAAAUGCAAUCCUUGACACUGUUUGAUAUGAGUCCCUACCCGUUUUUUCUUUUUCUUUUAUUUCCUGAUGAUUAGGCCAGGGGCUCGGAGUAGGGAAGGGCGGAAUAGUUACUAGGAGCAAAAAAAGAAUUAGCUUGGAACUUUUGAGAUGAUCCCUAACAUACUGUACUACUUGCUUUUACAAUGUGUUAGCAGAAACCAACGUGUUACAAAUGUAGAAUGAUGUGCUUUCUGCCAAGUGGUAAUUCACCUUGGUUUGCUAUGUUAAAACUGUAAAUACAACAGAACAUUAAUAAAUGUCUCUUGUGUAGCAA